AUGCAAUCGCUCUGCGAGUAUUGCGAAGUCAUCCCACUCAACUCUGCAGAACUCCGAUCCAGAAAGGACGAUGCUGCGGCUUCUUGGUUCGGUCUUGGACAUUUGGACCGGGUCAUCAACAGCAAAUGCCCCUUCUGUCGACUCGUCACCCAGGCUAUCCACCAGGACUACAUCGCAAACCCGGAAGAUGGAGUAGCUACUAGUCGAUUGGACCCAGUAAAUGUCGUUUGGUCCAACGACUUGGGACCGGGCAAACGAGGGGCUUUCUACGUCUACGGCGUCCGAAAAUGCAUCAUAUACUUCGCGGGAGACGAAACUCAGACCACGGACGGAGGAGAUGACGACGGCUUCCUCCGAUCAUCGAUUUCUCCCGACCUGGAUUAUCACAGGAUUGGUCAAUGGAUCUCCUCAUGUGAAGCGACGCACACCGUUCACUGUGGCGAUGGUUACACUCCGAAACAAUUUUCUGAUGCAUAUCCGGGUUUAGAAGUCCUGCGACUCAUUGACGUGGAGUCAUAUUGUCUCGUGAGAGUCCAAGAUGUCCGCCGAUACGUGGCUCUCAGUUACGUCUGGGGCGGUGUUGCAAGCGUUCGCUUGGCCACGUCUAACCUAGAGCAAAUGCUGAGGAUAAAUGGGAUAAAGGCUGCCUGGUCACGUCUGCCGAAGACCAUUACCGACACAAUCCUACUGGCGCAGAAACUCCAAAUCCGAUACGUCUGGGUUGAUGCUCUUUGUCUUAUCCAGGACGACGAGGACGAUCUUCGUCGGGGCAUCAACGUGAUGGACAAUAUUUACGAGAGGGCGCAUUUGACCGUGGUUGCUGCCUACGGACACAAUGCGAAUGCAGGUCUUCCCGGUAUUGCAAAGAACAGUCGAAUGCGGACGGAGUCCAUUGACGUCAGAAAGAACAUUCAUAUGCGUGUCUUCAUGGAGCUGGAUGGGAUGCUUGAUUCAACAGUCUAUCAAACAAGGGGUUGGACGUAA